AUGGCAAGGAAUCACCGAGCGAGGUUGAAUCACAGGGCUUUGCAUAGCUUGCCGGUGAACAGUGGUGUCAAGCCGGGCGCUUAUCCGCAGCCUCGCUUCUGGACGUAUCUAACAGUGGAAGACAGGAGCCGCUUGGAUCUCCAAAGUUUCUUCCAAGGGAAGUCAUAUGCUGCGCGAAUCGUCCAGGACAAGUAUGGGUACACGCUUAUGAUGGGAGAGCUAUCAUGGGUGCUCAUGACCAGACCAACCAAAGAGGAGUGUGUAAUGCGCAUCCGCCAUUACCUGCCAGACCUUCUGAGGCAGCACUUUGAGCAUGGCUCCGUUCCCCCUGUUCCCAGCCUCAGCUACGAUGAGUGCCGCAGCAGGCCUUAUUCUGAUGACGAAAGCGAGUUCAGGAUCGUCGAGGAUAUCUGGAUAAUGGUGGAUUUCUCCCUCCCAGGCGAAGAGGAAGCCAUGAAGGACUUCCGAGCGCCAAGUAGCAACCAAUCAAGGGUAGCUGGGACUUGAUAUCAUAAACGCGUGCAACUGGAGUAGCUAGUGGUCUUACUAAGUCUAUCUUAUUCUGGCACAACACUUCAAUAAAGCUUGCUAGCUGAGAUAUUUC